CCUCGCCCACUACGGACAUGCAGAAGCUGCCUUGGGACAGCAUGCAAGUCGCUCCAACCCCAGGGUGGUGGUGCCGUGGUGGUGGCCGGCAAUCCAAGCUCCGGCCGCCAUGAAUAAAAUGGGGUUUGGUAAAAACGAAUGACUUGUUUAGAUGCUGAAUACUCGGAGGUUACCGGUGGGAGAAAAAAGAUCCAAAAAAGGUUUGUUAUGAUUACAGUUUUGCCCCUUGGAUCAAGGUACUCCGUGACUUUUUUAGUUAGUACUCCGUCUGACUAGUGGUGGAGUACCAAAUCACGAUCACCAUUGGAUCGGGAGAAAUUGACGGCCCAUAUUAGUUUCAGGGUACCUCACUUUGUGUCAUGUGCUGUCUGACUUUUCUUGUUGCAGAGGGAGCUAGUCAAAUUGUUUUGCAUAUGUCACAGUAGAAUGGAGGAUAUUAUUCCGAAAGAUUCUACUGUCAGGCUUGUAGCAUUCAAUCUGGGCUACCUUCCAGGAGGAGAUAAAAAAAUAAUCACAGUACCUGAGACAACUGAGCUGGCACUACAAGCUGCCAGCAGAAUUGUUGGCUCAGGGGGGCUCAUAAGUGUCCUUGUCUACACUGGGCAUCGGGGUGGAAGGGAUGAACUCGAUAUUGUUGAAUCAUUUGCGUCAAGCUUGCCUGCUGAUACAUGGGUGAGCUGCAAGUUUGAAAUGAUUAACAGGCCAGUUGCUCCAGUACUAGUUCUCCUGCACAAGAAAUGAUUGCAGUCCCACUGAAGCUCCACAAGUUUGGGACUCCCUAUUCUGGAUUUCGGGUCGAUGAAUGAAAUGCCGCAAUGCAUACUGUGAUGCUGAAUUUCUGAUUAUGGUUAAUGAGUUAGAGAAAGAAAUUCAUAUUGUUAAUGAGUUAGCUGUAACCGGAUGAUUACGAUGUUCUGGUGAUUGCUGACAAGAAUUUUACUCCACCAAAUAUCGUUUUGUUAAGGUGUUCCGUGUCUUGCUUUUUAUGUACAAUU